GCAUGUGGCUAUUAGGAGGAAAGAAACAAUAUGUACACAGCUAUUCAAGCCAACCUUGCAAAUACUCGUGACAUCAGAAUUUACUUAAAAAUAUGUCCUCAAUAUUCAGUAGUUGGUCUAGAUCACAUAACACACAAUUACAAAUUUCAAACUACAUUUUAUAAAACAAACCAUAAGAGAAACUCGGAGUCUUAAAUUCAGCACUACCUCUAUGACUUCAUCUGAUUUCUGAGCAACCAAGAUCAUGGACAUCCUGGUUCUGUAUCUUCUUUAAUUGCUUUACAGGGUAGGGACGGGGGGGCGAGGCCGUCGGUUGAGUUUCUAACCAACCCGGCAAAAUUAUCUAGGGGAAGCAGGUGGACUUUACCUCUUGCUUUACCUCUUGUUUUACCUCUCGUUUUACCUCUCGCUUUACCUCUUGCUUUAUCUCUUGCUUUACAUCUUGCUUUACCUCUUGCUUUACUAUCCCCUGAUUAGUAAUGGACCCAAAGUCACACAUCUCUUGCAUUUGUGUCAUCACAUCGUCGUCUUCAUCAACUGGGGAGAAAAUGCUAUGGAGAUAAUCGGGCUGACUUUUCCACUCUGACUCCUCCCAUUCCAAUGCUUCCCACCACUCCCUUUCUCCUUUGAUCACUUUCAAAUUUUCACUUAACAUUUCCCUUUUAGAAAGACUCUUAAGCUCUGGGCAAUCAUAAAAUCCUAUCUUUUCUAGUUUUGGUGCAAUGUGAAAGUCACUAGAUAUGCUUUCCAAUUUCGGAAGGAAAAGAAGUAGCAUCAUCUUCAAGCUAGGCAGAAAACAAUCUAAUGAAAACUCAAAGGAUGCAUUGCUUGUUGGGCUUACAACACUGGUCAAUUCAGGGCAGUCUUCAACUACAAGCACCUCCAACUUGCCAAGAUUAGUGAGCAAAGCAGGUGAGAAAAUGACACUCAAUUUGGGGCACACAUGGAGUUCUAGGACCUUCAAGCCAGAUAGACACUGCUUAUCAUAGGUGAGGCUUCUCCAAAUGCUCACUAAAUUCUUCAGGUAAUAGAUAUGCAAGUACUGUAGAUUCAAAACUACGGGUUCUUGAGCAGAAUAUGCCUUAACUCCGGACCCACAAUUGAUCUCCACAUCU